UCGCUUUUCGACUUUUCCUCGCUCCAGCAGGUUAAGACAGGAUCGUUGAUGCUUUCCUUCCCCCUUCUCCCUACCAGAAACCAUCCCUCUGCCCUCUGACCCGAUCCACUCCGCCUCCUCCGAUCUCACUUCGAUUCGGAAGUUGUUCGACCACCCUCCCCGACGAUCGGCAACAGCACAAAAAGACCCGAUUCGAUCGCCCCAUCGUGAUUAUUAGACAAAGAAGGGAGAUACGAUAUGGCAAUCAACAGAAAUGAAAUCAGAGUAUAUAUUGAAAAAAUAAUGGUAUUUUGUGUCAGAACUAGCUACAGAUGUGCUCGUGAUCAUCCUUUUGUUUUUGCUCUGGUGUUUUUCUUGCUUGUACUGUACAGAUCUUUUCCUUCUCUGUUUGCCUUUCUGGUCUCUUCUUCUCCUGUCAUUGUGUGCACGACUGUUCUUCUUGGACUCCUCCUGAGCUAUGGAGAACCAAAUAUUCCUGAAAUUGAGAUAGAGGAUACAAGGACUCGGGAAGUUUCUUCUGUGGAAAUUAGGAGCUCUGUUAGUCAUCUGUGUCUCAAGAAAGAUGAGAACUUAACAGUUGAGAACCAUGUAGAAAACAGAACUUAUUAUGACGACAUUGUGCCCAGAGAGACAAUUCCUUGUGAAGAAAAGUCUAGUGCAGAUGUGCGUAUCUAUCAGGCAUUAGAACAAUAUGAAGGAACUGAGAGGAUUGAUACUAUCGUAGGUGACAGUGCAUCAGGUGUGCAAGCGAAGAAAGACAGGUAUGAUGAGGAAGUGAUUCAAGAAGAAGAAACUCUAUGUCAAGGGGUUUCCGAGAACAGAGAUCUUUUUGUUGGGAAGACAGCCAUAGAUGUGGCAGAAGUGAGUAAAGAUAUCAGUUCUUUUGAUCCUAAGGAAAUACAAGAAACUGAGGACCUUAAGUUGGAGACUGGUGAACCCAAAUUGGACCACCAUCUUGACUCUUCUCUAGGAUUGAGUUGGCAGUCCAUUGAUGAUCACCAUUCUUCUUCAGACACUGAAUCGGAUAGAGCAGAGAGUUCCUCUCCUGAUGCUUCUAUUACUGACAUCAUUCCAAUGCUUGAUGAACUUCACCCUCUUCUAGAUUCUGAACAUCCUCAGCAUGUUUCUAUUCCCAAGUCAGAUGCAGCCUCUGAAGGGUCGUCGCUUGAUGAUGAACCGGAUGACAAUAGUAUCGAUGAAGAAGCUGAAAUUCAUGAUGAGGAAGAAGAUGAUGAAGCACAAGAGAAAGAUGAUGGGACUGAAGCUGCAGUUAAAUGGACAGAAGAUGAUCAGAAAAACUUCAUGGAUCUUGGAUCUUCUGAAUUAGAAAGGAAUCAGAGAUUAGAAAGCUUAAUUGCAAAGCAAAAAGAAAAGAAGAAUCUGUCGUUUGUGAUGGACAGAAAUCUUAUUGACUUGGAUGUUAAUACCUCUUUUCCUGGUAUGGAGAAAUUAUCACGCUUUCGUGUCCAAGUUCCACCCAUUUCUGCACCAAGGAGGAAUCCUUUCGAUGUUCCAUAUGAUUCAGAGGAAACAUUUGAUUUACGACCAAUGCCAGGCUCUGCUCCCUCUUCUCUGCUACCCAGAAGAAAUCCUUUUGAUCUUUUCUAUGAUCAGCAGGAACAAAACAGCAGCCUUACAGAUGAGACUUGGGGUCACCAGGAUUUUGUGUCAGCUCCACAGCAUGAGAUGUUAGUUAGAAGAAAUGAGACCUUUAGCUUAAGAAGAAAGGAAUUUAAACAAGAGAGAGGUCAUUCGAGAUUGAAGCCCUACUUCGUUGCAGAGAAAUUGGAUUCAGAAGAGGGAAGUUCUACAUUCCAGAGACAAUAUAGUGACAGAAAUGAGUCGAAAGUGAGUUCUAUUCCAGAAUCUGACACAGAUUUUUCAGUUACCGAUCAGGAAUAUAACAGAGAGCUAGAAGAACAGGUAUUCGAUCAGGAAACAGAACUUUUGUGUCCUGGUAAACAUGAUGCUGAUGCUGUGGAACAUGAAAGUCACACAUCUGAAGAAACAGAAUCAGUUGAUAUUGAACAAGAGAAGACUGAGCAUGUAACUGAUGAUCGUGAGAUUGGUGUGGAUACUAACCUCACUGCACAAGACAAUGAAAAGGUCAGUGCGGCUGGUGAAGCUUUUGCAGCUUUGGAAGAAGAUGUUAAAGAAGAAAUACACUUAGAUGUACUCAAUUUGAAUUCUAAGCAAUUGGAACUGACUGAACAGAAGUAUGCUGGGCCAAAUUCCUCAAAUUCAUCAUGGGAAGAUGAGAAAUGUUUUAAAACAACCUUAUCUGGACAGCCACAUAAAUUGGAACAAACGAAGAAUUUCAGUACAUUUGCUUUUGCAGAAUUUGAUCAUUCAAAAGGUGCCGAUACAGUUUCUGCUUUUGCAGAAACCAUGUAUGAUUCUAGCGCACUAGCAGCUGGAGAAUCUUUCUAUAAACUAUCAACAUUUGAUGCUCGACCUGAUGCAAAUCAAGGUGUUAAUGAUGAUUCUUCAGUGACGUUUGACAUGCAGAAGGAAGAUUCGGAAGUUGCUUCUUUUCCAAGGGCAUUUGAUGGAAAUGCUGCCUCAGGAAUUGGAGAUCUGGUAUCGGUUAAUGCAAUAAAUGAUGUUGGGCCAUUUAUAUUAUCCCAGAGUUUAACUUCCAUAGAAGAAAAUGAAACAAGAUCAAGCGUGCUCACCGAAAUUACCAAAUAUAAUGAUGUCGAAGUUGAACUGUCAACUGCUCAAGAAGAUUCCAGCCUUCCAAUUUCAUACAUGAUACAAGAGCCCACAGAAGCUGCCAGUGAUGAUCACCUGGCUCAAUCAAGAGAAGUUCCAAUUAAUGUGGAUGUGAGUCACAGCAUAGAAAGAGAGGAGGUGAUCAAAUCUACACCUUGUUCUUCUGAUAUCUUAAUCUUAUCUGAUGACCCACUUUCAUGUGAAUUUCAGAUAGUAUUGCCAUCCAUAGAGAAGUACAGCUUGCCUUCUGAUGAUAUUGGUGUUGAAAAGUCACGAGUCAAAACUUUGGAUUUUCCUUCAUUUUUUGAGGAGAAUCAAGAUGAUAUUGAACAUAAAGAAGAUAAUUCAGGCUUCACAAAUCAUUAUCAAGUUGUUGGUUUAACUGAGUUACAGAUAAAUGAAGAUCUCAAGGUUCUUGAAUCUGAUACUGAACAGGAGGCCUAUUUCUCACAGAAACCUGAACAGGAAACUGGUCAAACCGAUGAUAAUUUCACUCCUUUUCACAAGUCCAAAGAUAUCACUUCUGAGUUCUCUGCUGCUGUUACUAUUCAUGAUGGUAGUUUGGCUGGCUUACAGUUGAUUGAACUGACAGAAAGCACAGACUCGAUUGUUUCAGAGAUGACGUCUGAAGUCAAGGUCCAGUCCAGCACUGAUCUGUCUAGAUCAAGAGAUGGCAUCAAGAGUCCAACCCUAACCAAACAUGAAGCUGGUUCUCUGAAGAUGAUAAACAGUUCUGAUGAGGAAUCUGAUGAGGUUCAUCCUGUGGUUCUAGAGGCUGAUGAAAUAGAUGAGAAUUUGCCCACAGAGUUGGAUGAACUUGGGGAUUUUCAUACAGAAGAACUGACUAAUCAUCAAGGAUCAGAAAUGAUGUUUCAAACUGAAGGCCAUUCUGAAGAUACUAGUUCUGGUACCGCAAGUUCUUUUGUUGAUGACUACACUCAGCUGCAAGUUUCUGAAGGCAGAUCCAUUCUGCAUGCUGAUAGGUCAGUCAACCAAUCCUCUGAAGCCAAUUUUGAUAAGUGUCAGGGGGUGAGUUCAUUGGUCAAUCAACCUGGAGUAAUGGAAUUAGAAAUUCAUUCUUCAUUUGCUUCCAGUAUUGACCCUGAGCAGACUGUUUACAAUCCUAAGAUUCAUGUUCUUGAGGCAAGCCCAGUUCAUGAGGUUGGCUCAACAUCUAAUCAGCUAAUUGAAAUAGAUACUGCUCAACGAAAUAUGAAGCAAACUGUGAUGGAGUCAGAGCUUCUAGUAGUUGAAGCACGAUCUGUUGAAGAUAUUCAUUUAGCUUUCAAACAAAUUAGUGAAGUAUGUCCUCAAAAACCUGUAUUUCAUGAAGCUGGAUCUCAAAAUUUACAGGUUACUGAGCAUCUAGAUGCAAAGCAAAGACAAUCAGAUAUGCAUGUUAUUGAAGCAAAAUCUAUUGAAGACAUAGGCUUGGCUUUUAGCGAGCUUUCACAUAACACCAGCAAGAAAACCCAAGAAAUUAGUGAAGAAAGUCAUCACAAACCUAUACAUCAAGAAGUUGGAUCUCCAAAUUUUGAGGGUACAGAGCAUCUGGAUGCGAAGAAAAUACAAUCAGAUCUGCAUGUUGUUGAAGCAAAAUCUAUUGAUGACAUAGGUUUGGCUUUUACUGAGCUUUCGCACAGCACCAGAAAGAAAGCCCAAGAAAUCAGUGAAGUCAAUCUUCACAAACCUAUAUAUCAAGAAGUUGGAUCUCAAAAUUUCAAGGGUGCUGAGCAUCUGGAUGCAAAGCAUAUACAAUCAGAUCUGCAUGUUAUUGAAGCAAAAUCUAUUGAAGACAUAGGCUUGGCUUUUAGUGGGCUCUCACAUAACACCAGCAAGAAAGCCCAAGAAAUUAACGAAGAAAGUCUUCACAAACCUGUAUAUCAAGAAGUUGGAUCUCCAAAUUUCAGGAGUAGUGAGCAUAUAGAUGCAAAGCAAAUACAAUCAGAUCUGCAUGUUAUUGAAGCAAAAUCUAUUGCAGACAUAAGCUCGGCUUUUAGUGAGCUUUCACAUAACACCAGCAACAAAGCCCCAACAGUGAUGGAAACAGUAGAUGGAUCUGUAGAAGUCAAUGCAAGCAGAAGACAACUGGAAACUCAGGUAGUUGAGGUGCAAUCUGCUGUUGAGAUUAAGGAAGCUGUAACAACAGAAAGUAACUCAAACAUGGAACAAUUAGGUGAAAAAUCAAAAGUCGAAAUAGUGGGUGAUGUAUCUGCCUCCAAAGCAUUAACCACAAGUAGGACACAAAAGAAACACAAGCAUAGGCAGACUGUUUCAAGCUCAAGCUCUAGCUCAAGUGAUUCAGACUUUGAAAAAUAAGAAGAUAAUGGUUCUGGCUUCUGUUCUUAUAUCUUUUUCCACAGUUGUUAUGUUCAGGGUCCAUCCGGAGUUGUUUCCUUUACCAAGCUGGCUAUUUGAAUUUGCAGGUAGACAUGUUGUUGAAAAUCUUUUGGGCUCUCUAAUGUUGAGGUUUUAGUGCAGUUGAUUCUUGGUGUAUAGUUUCACUGUGAUCCCUAUAUGUCUUAUUUUUCAUUUUUUUGUAGUUUGUUGCUGGAGUAGAAAUUUAUGUUUGGUUGAUAAUUUUUUGUCUUGUAAUGUAUUUUCUUUAUUCCCUUAUAGAUUUUUCUCUUUUCAUCGGUUUGUUAUUGGAGUGAGAGUCUUUUGUGUAACUGUUCUUUUUGAGUCUCGCAGUGCAAAUAUCUGCAGAAGCUAGUGAGUAUUCCUAGUGACUGAAUUUCUCCGAGCGGUCACUACUUGUGUUCACUGAUGUAUUUUAAUUAAUUUUAUUUUGGUAAACAUGUAAUGAUAUCUUGUUCUACUCUAGAAUUAUUGUUC